AUCAUAUAAAACAAUUCCUGCACGAUACAAUGUAAUAUUCUGCUCAUAAUCAAUAAAUAACUAUUCACUACCAUUUUCUCCACCCCCUAAUUUGCAUAUCCAAUAUGGCCGAGGUAGCCGUCGGAUGGGAGUUAUUUUGAUCUGAAAAUAUGCAGAUACUCAUUCUAUUGAAUGGUGAAUGCAAUAAAUAACAAACAGAAAAAUAGUAUGCAUUAUGGCCCUUAUUUAAAUGUUCUGUUUGGAUAAAUAUUUGGCGAUACAAUGAAAUUUAUUUUAAUUUUAUCAUGCCGAAAAGGUCAAUAACAUUGGAUAUGAUUUUAUUUACCUGUGCUAAGGUGGUGCAUUUUUAAAUGGCAACGCUACUAUAUAGUAUUUUGGUUGUAAAGUAUGAGAUCUAAAAUGAGUGGAUACAUUUCAUCAGAAGGAAUGUCGAGAGUUGGUAAUAUUGAAAAUGAAGAAGAAAUAGUGACUGUCAGUAUUUUUAAUAAUAAUGAUGAUGUUGAUUCAUUGAAAGCAAGAUUAAAAGAAAUUUCAGCACAAGAUGUUGAAAAUGUUGAGGAAGGUAAUAGCUACCUACUGUCUGAAACAAGACAAGAUACAGAAUGUAAUGGUUCAUCCAGUUUAUCACACCAAGAGGCUGAAGUGCAUUACAUGUCUGACAAUUCUGUUGAACAGACAGAUUCUUUAUGUUUGUCAACUGAAACAUUAAUUGAUAGUGCAGAUUCUACUUCUAGGCAUCUUCCUAAAGAACAGAAUGAAGAAUCUGGCCUGAAAGCAGAAUUCCAGAAACCGAGACAUCUUUUUGAAUCCCAUUCAGAUUCAGUAAUUGCUCAUAGUAACAACAUGGUAACUAUGUCAACAACUAAAGUGACAUCAGGAUUACUCAUUUCCCCUACAUCACUUACACAGGAUGUUCACGUUACAAUGAAAGAUGAAAAGCAACGGAUGUCAGCAGUACUUGAUAGCUUAGAUCUUCAUCUCGUUUACAUUCCUACCACACAACAGUUAGUAGCCACUAAGAAAACAGAUACACAGACUGCUAUAAGUGACUCUGCAGAGUCUAGCAGAAAUGGAAAAAUUGAUGAAAGUGAAACUGAGUCCUCAGGAUAUAAAAGUAAUGAUACAAGUGGUAUUGUAAGGAGUAAUAGUUCACCAGUAAAAAUGUCAGAUUCUAGUUCGGUGCAUAGCAUUCAGUUUUUGUCACCGGGGAACUUAGAUGAUAAUUCAAGUGUGAAUGAAACUGAGUGUCUUAUUAGGAUAAGAGACCCAGAUGGAAACUCUUGUGAUAAUUCAGAUUUUGUGUGCAAUUUUCCUAGGACAUGUACCAAUGAUUCUUUAUUGCGAACUUUCACAGAUGCUUCUAGUCUUUCAAGUUUGAGUACAGGCACUGACUUUUCUAUAUCCGCAGCAUCUCUUGAUGAUGGGGAAGGUACUGGGCAUUGUAUUGACACUGGGGAUGGGGGAUUUAUGGAAAUUAACUUACACUCAAGAAAUUCAUUUGAAAGAGGAAAGAAUCCAUCACAAGACAGUGGCUUUGAAGAUAAAUACUCGAAACCAAAGAGAAAAGGAAUAUCUGGAUUUUUGUCAAGGGGUAUAUUCUCUCGGAAGUCCAAAGACGGCAGUGAUAGUGAAGAUCAGGGAUGGAAACUGUUUGGUAAAAUUCCUCCUAAACAUGUGUCAUCAAAGAAUCCGGAUCAAAUUCAGAACGAGUACAAAGCAAAACAUCGUGAAGAGCAGCAAGCAACAAACCGGUCGAAGAAGGAAGAUAUUGAAGUGAUGUCAACUACGGCGCUUAUACUUGAAAACAGGCCUAUGAAUCUGCCGAGUAAAGAUCGAGAGGAGCUAGAAAGACAUCAGAAAGAGUAUGAGGCAAUGGUUGAGGCAGCAAAGAGGAAAGAGCAGAAAGAAUUAAAGCAGAAGAAAAAGUUGAUGCAGCAGCAGUUACGGCAAGAAGAACAGCUAAUGGCAGCAGCUCGCGUCUGGAACAAGGAAAUUCUGCCCAACUGGGAUUCCGUGAAAAACUCAAAGAAGGUACGGGAUCUGUGGUGGCAUGGCAUACCAACAAACGUACGGGGAAAAGUUUGGCGUCUGGCUCUAGGAAAUGAUCUCAAUAUAACCCCAGAAUUGUAUGAGAUAUGUGUGAGCAGAGCGGCAGACAAGAUCAAACAGAUGGAUGAAUCCCCUGUGAUAUAUGGCCCUACAGAAAUUUGCUCAGAGCCCCCGUCCAGUAAGGAAUCAAGUGUUGAACUCAUUAAACUGGAUGUAUCUAGAACAUUCCCACAACUCUGUAUAUUUCAGAAGGGUGGACCAUACCAUGAUUUACUCCACAGUUUACUUGGUGCCUAUGCAUGCUACAGACCUGAUAUAGGUUAUGUACAAGGCAUGUCUUUUAUAGCGGCUGUAUUGCUGUUGAACAUGGAUGUUGCUGAUGCUUUUAUGUGCUUCGCCAACUUGCUCAAUAGACCGUGCCAAGUGGCCUUCUUCAGGGUGGACGAGGGACUGAUGAAAGCAUAUUUCCAAACAUAUGAGGAAUUUUUUGUUGAGAAUAUGCCAGUGUUGUGUCAUCAUUUCAAGAAGAACAACCUUACACCUGAUCUCUAUUUAUACGACUGGAUAUUUACAUUGUUCACAAAGUCAUUGCCACUAGACAUAGCUUGCCGUGUUUGGGAUAUAUUCUGUCGAGAUGGUGAAGAGUUUCUGUUCAGAACAGCAUUAGGUAUUUUGAAAUGUCAUGAGGAUCUUCUAAUGCAGAUGGACUUCAUACUUUUAGCUCAGUUUUUAACCAAGAUACCUGAGAGAGACUCGUACGAUGCAUUGUUUAGAUGUAUAGAAUCUAUACAGAUGACAAUAGACAAGAAGAAAUACUCCCAAGUUCUCGCUAGUGUAAGAGAUAGUCGAGACAAUACUUGAUGAUAGUGUACAAACGAUAGCAAGGACCUAGCAUCAUUCUGAAAUAAAAUUUUAUCUCCGCCUGGUGCGAGUUUACCAACCGAGACCCUGGUGGUUUCGAGAAUAACAACCAAGGAACUGUGUUGUUGACUGUGCUGGCCUUUAGACUUGUUGAAAGUGAUAAUACUUUUAACAGGAUAUGAGCGAAGAAAAAUGGAUGUGAUACUGAAUGAGAGUACAGUGAUGAAAAUAUCACAGCCGAAAAUGAUAUACCAGAUUCUCCCUGUUGGUCUUUAUUCUCAUGCAGAACAGACAAUAUAUGAACCGUGUCAUGAGAAAACCAACAUAGUGGCUUUGCGACCAGCAUGGAUCCAGACCUGCCUGCGCAUCCGCGCAGUCUGGUCAGGAUCCAUGCUGUUGGCUUUUAAAGCCUACUGGAAUUAGAGAAACUGUUAGCGAACAGUAUGGAUCUGGUCUGGAUCCAUGCUGGUUGCAAAGCCACUAUGUUGGUUUUCUCAUGGCGCGGCUCAAUUAUCGUGUAUGGAUCAUGUUUAGAUAAAACCAUGUUGUCAUACAGAUACACAAACUGCUAAAAGUGAUUAUCUGCUUCUAUAUAUCAAUGCAGUUAACUAGUUAUUGCACUGAGGUGAUAUAAUUUGGUGGUACUUCUGAUACCAGAUUUUUCCCUGUGUAAAUUGCUGCCCAUCUAGCUCAUGGUAGAAAGAUCAGGUUCUAUAUUCAUCGUGGUUUUAAAAUCUGAAAUUUAGACGUAGACAUUCAAUUGCUGAAUUUUCCUUUUGUUCUGUCACAUAUGUCACGUAACACUGCAUGGAUGAGGCUUCUGUAUCUACAGAUAGCCAAGCAAGGUUUACUACAGUUGAACCUGCUUUAGCAGUCACCUUUAUUUCUGAGUUGAACUUGUCUGAAGUAGUCACUUUCUAAAGCAGCAAAACUUUGGUGCUCCCUUAGAUGGUUGCUUAAUACAGGUUUGACUAUAUACAUCGCAAAUUCAGUAUUUAACAUUCCUAAGUGCAAGUCAAAAGUUAAGGCAUUAAACAUGCAGGAAAAAGGAUAAUAGUCAAGGUGGAUAUUUUCUUCAUGACCAUGUAAUAAGCCUGUCUGAUUUCCAUUCUUUUACAGAUAGUGAAGUUGUUGCAUUCAUUUUCUAAAUUUGUAACCUUCUUUACCUUUAUUUUCUGUAAUAAUAGGAGUAUGAUAUAUCAUUCUAAAAAGAACUUCAGAUUUUUGUAGGAACCUCAUAUAAAUGUUUUUAUAUUUUAAAGCCUUGAAGCAAGUUUUACAUUUUGCAAACUUUUCGUAUAGAUCUCGGCCAUUUUAGGGACAAUAGGCUCAUUUUUACUAUUAUUAUUCUAGGUACACAGUCAUUACAUGUUUAUGUGGAUAUUGAAAAAAAAAACUUUAUUAGAAAAUAGGUAAACUAGGGAUUUUUUUAAAAGAAGUUUGUUUAAACCGGCUGCUCACUACAGAUAUAAAGAUUGUAGUUAUUUUCGGCAUACACUUGAGUCAUAGUGUAGUCAUACAGGAAUUGUAAACAUAUUUUAUUAACAGCUAUAUGACAUGCUGGACGUGUUUCUAUUUAAAUUGUUGUGUUUUUUUCUCCCCUUUUUUAUGUAACCAGUUUUGCUGUUGUUGUAUAAGACAUUUGGUAUAAUUAUUUCAAGUAUCAAUUUGUUUCUUUGCUUGACUUUUUCUUUGUAUCCUUUAAGGCUCCCACCUUUACAAACUUUCGUAAACAUUUACACAAUCUUUCAAAUGCAAAACGAUACUAUUUAAUUGACUUUCACUUAUUGCCUUUAGUCAUGAAUUCUGUUGGUUUUUUUCCCUUCUAUAACAAUUGUAAAGGCAUUAUUUUCUCAAAUAAAAGUGGAAGAAAUCACAAGUUCAAGGUUAUGUUUGGUAAGAUUUUUACAAAAUUCAUGCUGUUUGAUACGCUUUCAUUGCAAAGUGCGUUGGUGCGCCGUAAAACCCAAAUAAAUAAAUAAAUAAGAACAAGCAAGUUUAAUCAAAUCGAAUUAAGCGCAGUAUAUGGCCAUCUUGUGAGUAAAAAGUUCUGCCCAAGAAAAAGGAAUUCAUCCCAUAAUGAAAGAAGUGCUCAAAAAUGGCGGGACAUAUAAUAACAUUAAAAGGCAUGAAAACUUGUUUCAUUCCAUUUUAUGAGCAGAGAAAAACUGAUGGUUCAACAGAUGAUCAUUCCAUUUAACCAGGUAGAAAUUUUGUAAAUGUUUACCAAUCAAACAAGACACAGACUCUUUCAAAUGUGGUAGCCUUAGUCACCAUACGUAGCAUUAACAUUUUUGUCUUGCCAUCUCCCAUAUUUUCCCAAGAAUGAAGAAGUAAAUGCUCAUUAUCUGGUUGAAUUUUGUCUGCAUGUCUUCAGUCUCAUUGUUGAUUCAAUCUCAUUAUUUUUAUAAGAAUACAUAAAUGAGACGCACCAUGAGAAAACCAACAUAGUGCAUUUGCGACCAGCAUGGAUCUGCGCAGUCUGGUCAGGAUCCAUGCUGUUUGCUUUCAAAGCCUAUUGAAUUAAAGAAACCGUUAGCGAACAGCAUGGAUCCUGACCAGACUGCAUGGAUGCACAGGCUGGUCUGGAUCCUUGCUGGUCGCAAAUGCACUAUGUUGGUUUUCUCAUGGUGCAGCUCAAACAGAUUUCCGCAAUUGAAAAAUGGAAAGGAGUCUGAUAAGCAUCUGUCAAUGGUUGUAGGUAGUGAUGUGUUUUUUUUUUAAAAAUUUAAUGCAAGAAUACACUUGUAUUUGUUAGAAGACAUUUCAUAGUAAAAAUUAACACAUUUUAUCAUUUGUCAUUAAUUAAAUGCUUAUAAAAAAGGGAUAGCCUUUUCUUAGGUGAAAUUCUUUUACAGGGAAAUGAAGUGGUAACUAAAAACUUUGUUACCAUUCACUGAUAGUCGUACAAAAAUCUAGGCUAGAAAUUCAUAAAACAUAACAGUGAUCACAGUGUAAAAGGUUAAUAAAGAUCAGUAUAAACAGCUUCUUAGAUUUUGUGUGAUAUUGCAUAUUACAAAAUGAAUCGAUACAUAAGAAUUGUAUCUUACAAGUGAAUGGUAUUUUUAUGCCCAGUCAUCACUCAAGCCUAAGACACAAGACAGGAAUCAUAAAUUGGUUGUAUCAUAAUAUAGUGUUUUUAUUUUUGGUACGUUUUGCUAUUUAUUAUGCCAGUUUCAAUGACUAAUAAAUAUUAACAAACUGAGCCUGGUAUAGACAGGGCCAGCACACCUUCGCUUUAAUUUGAGACAAGCUUAUCAUACCGUCCUUAUAUAUUCAGUUCAAUGAAACUAGAGGAAGGUAUUUGGGAGAAAAAAAUCACCUCUGGGCCAUAUACAUAAAUGUGCUUGUUAAUUUGCAGUUUGAUUGGCUAGAUGACAUCACUUUGAAUAAAGCCUUUAUUAAAGCGUAAAAUAUGCAAAUGAAUAUAUAACAUAAAGAAUUAAUGAAUGUGCAACUUUGAUGCGUGCUUUAAAUUACAUUUUCAUUACCAUAAUGAAGUACAGAGAAUUCAGGUAAACUGGAUCUGUAUAGUUUUAAGUGAUGUACUUAAAAUGGAAUAAUUUUGUUUCUGUCUAUGUGCUAUUUUGCUCUGUCAGCAGUACUUUAGUAUUGUAUCUUGUACGCAAAUUCUUCACUUCAGCUGUCCUUUCUGUUAUUUAAUAUGUAAAAUUAUUGUUUCGUAAGUUUAAACUAGCAUCCACAGAUAUCAUGUUUAAUAUAUAACUAUACUGUUGAGCCAGUUUGAACUGGCAUCCAUAGGUAUCAUGUUUAAUAUAAAACUAUAUUGUUUAGCCAGUUUAAAUUGGAAUCUGCAGGCAUCAUGUUUAAUAUAUAACUAAAAUAUUUAGACAGUUUAAACUGGCAUCUGCAAAUGUUCUGGGCAUUAUACUGAUAAUCACUGGAGUAUAGACUGAAGUUGCUUUUCCUUUCUAAAUCUGAUAUAAAUCAGAAAGUAUUGUUUAAGUGAUAUGUAUUCCCUAUUUAUAUCCUAUCAUGUAUAUGACAAAAGGGGCAUGCACCCAGGUGUUUAUCUCACCAGAAUUUAAGGCAGUUCAACAGAGAAAUACUUGAAAAACCUAUUUAUUUUAUCGAUGAAUUUCUUAAUUAAAAACUUACUCUGAAAAAGUUCAUUUUGUAAAAAGAUUUUAUUUUCUCAUACACACAUAUUCACCAUUUAUGCUGAACUUCUUCUUUGAAAUAAAAAUUAAUUCAUCCCCAAACCUUAAAUUGUUACCAAACAUGUUUUAUCAUAAUUUUUAAUUUUACCGUAAUUGAUGUAUUUUUUUUUCUACAUAAUGUCAUAGAAAUCAUAAACGUUUGUUGUAAGACAGUUACUGGGAUAUAAAUUUGAUUCUGCAUACUAUUAUCAAGCUGCUUUUAUGCAAAGUUUAUACAGUGUUUUACCAGUUGUUAAAAUAAUGUCAAAUGUAGCUGUAUUUGAAGUUAACUGAAGUAUUUAAUUUUUUUUUCAAACUUAAACUUAAAACCCAGAUUGAGAGAUCCUUUUUGAAAUUUUGCUGAUUUUAGAGUUUGUGUUUGUUGUAAACACUUAUACCUAUUUAUUAUUUUGAAAAUUUUGUGUUAUUUAAUGUGUGAAACUGAAUUAAUGAAAUUUCAAAAGGCAUACUGUUAUUGUUUUAGUAGAAGAAAUAAUGUAACUUGAAUUGUUGGAUGGAUUUUUAUUCUAAAAUGCAUGAUUUACGAAAAGGACAUCUAGGAAAAAUAAGUAGUUUAUAGAAACUUCUAGUUAUAUGCUGAUACAUCCAGUAAACAUAUGGUUUAUGGCAGGAUCAUCAGUGAAAACUUCGCCAUUAACAAAAAAUGGUGUCCUAACAUUGCCCAAACAUAAACUUAAUCCAGUGUUAUGUAACGAUUAUGUUCACAGAGGUGCCAUUCAUAUUGAUCAGUGUGCAUGAAAAAUUUCAAAUAUUCAUUUUGAAGUAGUUUAGAAUUAUACAAAAAUAUGACCAGGCAUGGGUAUCCGAUAUACCACAGUAUAUUGUCCCAAAUCCAAAAUUUUGAUAUUUGGAUGAAAUUUGGCUGUGACAUGAUAGGGUUAUUAUAAUAGUAGCUAGGUCUGGGAUGCUGUAUUCGGCUGGGGUGGAUUUUGCCGGAUUGAGUCUCACAAGGCACAAAAGUGCCGAGUGUGAUCCAUCCUUGCAGAACCCGCAAGAGCUGAACACAUAAUCCCAGACCUAGCUACUGUUGUAAUGGCCCUUUUAUUACAUACCUCCACCUUUUUGUUUGUUAUUUUGUUAUCAAAUGUUUGUUAGUGUUAAAAUAGAAAUGAGUGAAGUUUUUUUGUGCGCUAUUUAUAGAGGUUAUGCAUAUUAAAUUAAAGUAGUCUGGCAACAUACUAUACAAAAGGUACAAUAUGGAAUUUUUUUCUGCCUGUUCAUAUUUACUUGUGAAAUACAAGCUGUAUUUUUGACAGAAUUUAUAUAGGUAUAUAAUAAAUCUGAUUAUUGUCAUGGUUGAAUGAUCUGUUUAGGCUGAAAGUAAUAUACCCCCAUUUUAGUCAUGGUUGAUUAAUCAGUUCAGACUGCAUACCGGUAUAUCAAAUUUUAGUAAUGGUUUAUUCAUCUAUUCAGGCUGAAGUGAUAUAUCAAAUUUUAGUAAUAGUUUAUUCAUCUAUUCAGGCUGAAGUGAUAUAUCAAAUUUUAGUAAUGGUUUAUUCAUCUAUUUAGGCUGAAGUGAUAUAUCAAAUUUUAGUCAUAGUUUAUUCAUCUAUUUGGGCUGCAAAUGAUAUAUCAAAUUUUGUAAUGAUUGAUUGAUCCACUUAGGCUGAAAGUGAUACCAAAUUAUCUGAUUUUAGUCAUGACUAAUUGAUUAGGCUAUUUUUUUAUACAGAAUAGUAGACUUGUAUCUGUUGACAGAUUCCCAACAGUGGCAGCUGGCCUGAUAAUCAUAACCUUACCAUGAAGGCAGCCAGAAAACACAACCCACCGAAAUAGUCACUGUGAUAGUGUGUGAAUGUUUUAUCUCCACAUUCAAGCAUUGUUAAGUGUAAAUUCUGUGUGCCAGUAGUUUUUUGUGUGGAGUGUAUGAACUCAUUAUAGCUUUAUAUCAUCCUUCUAAUGUCAGCCUGUCAGAUUGAAAAGAAGAAUACAUUGUACUCUACUUUUCUUUAAAAAAAAAAUUGUCAGGUUUUUUUUUUGUGAAUUUUAAUGCCAGAUUGACAGUUUUAGGGCAGGGUUUUGCACUUAAUUUAUGGUUAUUAGUUAAUAAGACAUAUUAAGGUUGAUAUUUAUCUCAUUAGAUUCAGUUAUGCAAGGACUUUAAAACAGUUUAGUUGUUACAUUAUUAUGUAAUGACUGUCAUACCAGAAGGAUAUGAAUUAUUUCUACCUGAAAAGAAAUGAAAGAUUCAGAGCAAAACUGAGCCGUUAAUAGUAAAAACUUUUUCCUCCAAAUGUAAGAUAUAGCCAUAGAAUGAGCAUUGAUUAAAGUGAUUAGCUAGCAGGUUUUGGAAAAAUGGAAAUCUCUCAAAACUAACUGGAAGUUGUAUUUCUAAAGGUGUUUUUUUUACCAUGUGAAUUUUUACAAAGUACUUGUACAUUUGUUUCAAAAGGAGUUAAAAAAACACCAGCCAUGCUUCAGUAAUGCUUUCAUGCCACUAGAAAAUGGCAGUUUAGGUAAUUUAAAUUCAGACAUGGUUUGUAAGGUGACAAGUCAGUUUCUGAGGCCUACAUAGAGAUAAAAUGUUUAUCACUGCAAAAGAUUGUAAGUUGGAAAAAUAUUUUUCACUAAUACAAAACUGAAGUGAUAUGUAUGUACUUUGAAGAACAGAAAUUUGAAACCCAGCGAAGUAACAUGGCUUUUUUUCUUGCAUUAGAAUGCAGCAGAAUGAAACUAAAACUAUUUUUCAGCUGAAAAAAAUGUUCAUGUACAACCUCAGAAUUGUACAUUGUAUUUACACCAUGUCAAUCAGUAUAUUCACUAUUAUCAACAAAGAAGUAUUUUUAAUUACUAGGAAACAGUUUAGCAUAAGAAACCUUUAUAAUGAAGUUUACUCAUGGACAAAAAUGUAAUACCAGUUUUAAUUUCCUUUGUUAGUUCUCAUUAUCAGAUAUUCAUUUUCAAACAAACUGUAAAAGAGGAUAUUCAAGUCUUUUUUCAUCAUAACUGAAUAAAAUCUUUAAUAUAAAAUGCAGCCAUGAAGUUAAGAUUCUUACCACAGUAACUUGUUGUAAAAGCCCUUGUGCACAGAAAUAAUUACGAUUAAAAUAACAGAAUUUAUCUUAUUAGCAUAGUAAAUUUUAGCUGACUAUUGGAGCUAUUGCACACACCAUUUGACAGUAGAUGUAAAUUUCGUAGGCAAAUUCACUAUAAGAUGAUCUUACAUGCAUUGCACAGGUACUGUAACUCUAUUUUUCAUUUUUGAAAAGUUAUGCCCCCUUUUUCAUUCAUUUAUUUUUUAUUGAGAAGUCUUUUGAAUAGUCCAGCAUUUCUGCUGUAUGACAGCUCUUGUUUUAUUGAAUAAUUGUGUGCUUUUAGAAUGGCAGUGACUUACUGAUAUUUAUGGGCUAAUCCAGGGUCAUUUCUGUAAUAUACUCAUUUUCUCUUGACAAAUGUUUGUUAAUUUGUUUGCCUGAAUGACUUAAGGUGAAAUGUGAAUUCACUCUUGAGAUAUUUAUUUUGUGAUAUAUUGAAGAUUUUGUAUAGUCUUUGAAAGUUGUACAUAUAUCUACAAAUGUUGAAACAGUGCAAUGAAAUGAAGACUAAAUAAAACCAAUGAACACUGUA